AGCGUAACAGGUUGUGUUGUUGUGGGCGGGUGAUGUGAAGCUGAUAUUAGCUCCACCUGCCUUUGACACCAUAUUGAGCUACACAAAGUCAAAGCAGUCAAGACUACAGCUGCCUGUGAAGCCAUGGCCUCCAGUCUUCCACUCCUCCUGCUGCUCCUGUGCAGUCUGACUGUGGCUGAAGCCCAGCUCAGGUUGUUCAACCUGCAGGCGAGCGAUCUGCCCUCUAACCUCCUGGGAACCACAGAUGGCUACGUCAAGGUGUUCUGUGGCUCUGCCGACCUUGGUGAGACAUCUGUUCGCAACAACAACCCCAACCCCUGGUGGGAGGAGGAGUUCACGCAUUUCAAGGCCCAGCAGAAUGACAUUCUGAGGCUGGAGGUUCACGACAGUGACAUCCUCCUUGAUGACCUGCUGGGAGUCUGCCAGCGUCAGAUCAAGCUGGGAACCCAUGAGCACGACUGCUACCUGAAGAAAGGUGGCACCCUCCAUUACUCAUAUACCCUUGGUGCAGGUCAUCAGGCCUGAGACCUUUGGUUGUUACAGGCAGCUUGUACACAUCUCCAUGUGUGGUUUUCUCAAUGUCCUGUAAUCCAUCUUUCAGGUUUUGAUCUGAUUAAACAUAUUCAGAUUAAACUGAGAGAUCCAAA